AUGACAGCGUACUCAUCAAGUUCUAGUGAGGUCGGAGAGAACUUUGUUCUCGCCCGCUAUCUGAACAGUAGCGAGAUUCCAACCACAGAAAACUCGUUCAUCAUGUCGGAAGUGCCUGAUCCUGAGACCCCCAAGCCCAUGAAAUCCGCUCUGAAAGUGUUAAUUACUCCUACCACCCCAGAACGUCAGCCAGUCAGCUUUGAAAAUGUCACUCGUACAACAUUACCCGGCUCAGCUAAGUCAGGUCAAUCAACAUCAAGUGUGACCUACAAAUCUCGGUUGUACUGCAGUGAGCUUGAAGCAAGAGAGAUACUUCAAUCCCGUGAUCCGCCAACUGAAUACGAAACAAUAAUCAACAUUCUGGAGGACCAGAAAAAAGGGCUGAAGAAACGAAGCCCCUCUCCUUCUACUCCUAUUUGCUGA